AUGGGUGCUGGUCAGAAGCAGCGUCGCGAUCAGGGUCCACCUUCAUCGGCUGGAAACUCUGGUCAGCAACAAACACUUCCUUCAGUAUCACAAUCAGUUGCUGACGGAGAACAAACCAAAUCAUCUGUCAUUCUUCAAGUCGACGGACCAAAUGAGCCACGCCAGACUCCAUUUGGGCGUGGUCUUGGCUUUGAUCCCGCGAGAGACCUCAAGCAAGAUGAGACUAGAAAGAUGCGUUGCGAGCUUCCCUCUUAUCGUGAAAACUAUGACAUGGCCCCCGAGACGCUUCUUCCAGCUCGCCCAGGCUACAAUUCUCAGGGAAAGGCAAUCAGCAUUCGCGUGAAUCAAUUUAAGGUCGUGGACGCCCCAAACAAGGACGUCUACCAAUUUGAUGUUUUGGUUGGUCUAGGUGGUGAAAAGAUGGGACUCAUUAAGAAGGUUUGGGAAUCCAAGACCGUCCAGAGAGAGUUGGCAAAGCAUGGCAAGUUUUGGCUCUGGGAUGGUAAUAAGAUUGCAUGGUGCUCAAACCCAUUGGCCCGUGGUGAAUUCCGCAUUCUCGUUGAUCUUGAUCUCGAGGCUGGCAAACCAGGUGGAGACCCCAAACGCAUGAUUUACUGCACGGUCAAGCAGACAACCACCAUCAGAAUGGCUUCUUUGCACGCUUAUCUUAACAAGGAAUGCGACUUUGACAACAAUGUUCUUUGCGCUAUCGACUUCCUUGAUCAUAUGAUCCGUCAAUGGCCCAGUGAGAAAUACGUUGUUCAGAAGCGUAGUUUUUUCGCUCGUGGCAUUGACCGUUGUCCUUUGGACAUCACAAUAGAGGCGAUGAAAGGUGUAUAUCAAUCGAUUCGCCUUUGCAAUCACCUCACUGAGAAGGGUCCUACAAUCCGUGGCUUGGCAGUCAAUGUCGAUGUUGCCAAUGGCACAUUCUGGACAUCACAAGACUUCAUGCAAGCUGCCCGUAACUUGUGCAGUGUUCCUCGGAACAAGGCACUAGACUACGAUGUGUUCAGAAAGCAUCUGAGACCUGAGCAGAGAGCCAUGCCAAAUGGUAGACUCGAGAAGUCUGCGGAAUUCUUGACGCUUGAGAAGAUGAAGAAAUUGAAGUUCACUUUGAAGCAUCACGGCAAGACAAAUGACCAGAAGAUCUAUACCGUGAAGAGAUUUACUUUCCGUCAUGAGGCCGCAUAUGCUGCUGAUGGUCUCAAUUCUAAGAAUCAUUUCUUCACUCCCAAGGAUACUGGAAAGGAGAUAUCCAUCUACAAUUACUUCAAGUCGAAGUAUAAUAUUAAUCUCAAGUACUGGUGGGCUCCUUUGAUCGAGACUGAGAGAGCAGGUUUCUUCCCCAUGGAAGUAUGUACUUUGGCUCCAAGUCAAAAGUACCAGUAUAAGCUGGACCCCAAUCAGACCUCCUCCAUGAUCAAGUUUGCAGUCACCAGACCAAAGGUCCGCAUUCAAUCGAUUGAGCAUGGACUUGGCAUGUUGAAAUGGAACGAGGAUCCUUAUCUCGCUCAUUAUGGUUUCAAGAUUGACCGAACCAUGACCAUGACUCAAGCUCGUCUACUUCAAAAUCCAGUAGUUCAAUUCGAUAAGGCUACUAUUGAUCCCAAGACAUCCGGACGUUGGGACUUACGUGGCAAGAAGUUUCUCUAUGCCAAUCCAGAACCAUUAGUCUCCUGGGGUGUUGCCAUCGUUGACAACUGUAUUCAGGAACCUGCUGUCAAGAAUUUCCUCCAGGUGUUCAUUCAGACUUACAUUGGCCAUGGUGGUAGAGUUACUAAUAAGACUCCACCAAUCAUGAAGAUUUCUGGUGCUCCAGACAAGAUCGCCGAGGGUGUUCAAACCGUUCGUAACGCUGCUGGACAACAGGCCAAGCAAAUUCCUCAAAUUUUGUUCUUCAUUUUACCUGAUCGAAAUUCUUUCAUGUAUGAACGCUUCAAGAAGAACAAUGAGUGUCGCUUUGCGAUGAUGUCUCAGAUGAUGAAUGUUGCUCAUGUUGCCAAGGCGCAACCUCAGUAUUGCUCCAACGUUUGUAUGAAGGUGAAUGCAAAGCUUGGUGGUACGACAUGCAAGGUUGCGGACAUGAAGCCACCAAAGCCCUUCUUUCCCCGUGCAACAAUGGUCAUUGGUGCCGAUGUCUCUCACGCUACACCAGGAUCCCCACAGUCUUCCAUGGCCUGUUUGACAAUGUCAAUGGACUCUACUGCGUGUAGAUAUGCUGCAGCAGUUCAGACCAACGGACAGCGUGUUGAAAUGAUUUCGCCUGAUAAUAUUAACUCGAUGCUAAUUCCAUUGUUCAAAGAAUGGGUCAUCAAAGUUGGCAAGGGAUCUGGACCGAUGCAUAUUUACUACUUUAGAGAUGGUGUUUCCGAAGGUCAAUUCGAACAUGUUAUUAACCAAGAGGUUAAGAACAUGAAGAUCGCCCUCGAGAAGGCAUUUGGCCCCAAAGCCGCAGCUAUUCGCUGGACUGUGACGGUGUGCACCAAGAGACAUCAUUUACGAUUCUUCCCCAAAGACAAUGACAUGGCCGCUGGUGACAAGAACGGAAACGCACUUCCAGGUACACUUGUCGAGAGAGACAUCACUCAUCCUUUCGAGUAUGACUUUUACUUAAGUUCUCACUCGGCAAUUCAAGGAACUGCUCGUCCAGUUCACUACCAGGUCAUCAUGGAUGAAGCUCAAGUUCCAGUGAAUGACUUUCAGAGAAUGGUUUAUCAGCAUUGCUAUCAAUACAUGCGUUCUACCACCCCUGUCUCCUUGUAUCCCGCUGUCUACUAUGCACAUUUGGCUUCUAACCGUGCUCGUGCUCAUGAGGCCAAGGGCCAUAGUGCGGGACCUCGUGGUGGAGAGAAAUUCCUCGAGAAGCAGGCAAAGGAAGCCCAAGACAGAGUCGCUGGUAAGGCACCCUCUAGUCAAACUGGGUCAAGUCAGCUGGUGGUUGAAGAUGUUCCACUUCUUCCUUUGGGACAAGUCAACCAAAAUGAUAAGGUUAAUCCGGAAGUCAUAUCGAAGCUUCGCACUGGCAUGUGGUACAUUUAA